CCGGCACCUGCGCGCCCCGGCCCGGCCCCGCGCUCUGAGCCGCCGCCGCCGCCGCCGCCGCACAGGAUUCUGCAUCAAAAGUGUGUAAAAUAGACUGCUUGGUCUAAAAUAGAAAAACAGUGGCAGCGCUUUGCUGAGUUUCCAGGCUUUUCCCAAGAUGGAACCCAUAACAUUCACAGCAAGGAAACAUCCAUUCCCUAAUGAGGUGUCGGUGGACUUUGGCCUUCAGCUGGUGGGCUCUUUGCCGGUGCAUUCUCUGACCACUAUGCCCAUGCUGCCUUGGAUCGUGGCAGAGGUGCGGAGACUGAGCACCUCCAGAAAGGGGCCAGUUACCAAGCAAGUCCGACUUUGUGUUUCACCCUCUGGAUUGAGAUGUGAACAUGAGCCAGGGAAAAGUCAACAAUGGGAUCCACUGCUCUGUUCCAGCAUAUUUGAGUGUAAGCCUCAGCAAGUUCACAAACUGAUUCACAACAGUCACGACCCAAGUUACUUUGCUUGUCUGAUUAAGGAAGAUGUAGCCAGCCAGCAGAGUAUCUGCUAUGUGUUUAAAGCUGAUGAUCAAACAAAAGUGCCUGAGAUCAUCAGCUCCAUCAGACAGGCCGGGAAGAUCGCCCGGCAGGAGGAACUCCAUUGCCCGUCUGAGUUUGAUGACACGUUUGCCAAGAAGUUCGAGGUGCUCUUCUGCGGCCGAGUGACGGUGGCCCACAAGAAGGCCCCGCCAGCACUGAUAGACGAAUGCAUUGAGAAGUUCAAUCACAUCAGUUGCAGCAGGAAAUCAGAAUUCGACCUGCUCUCCCAGAAUUCUGAAACCGCAAAUACUGUGGUGGGAUCGUCCUUAACUGAUAAAUUCCGAUCUGUGUUCCAGCCUGUGGGCCAUGAGGAGCAGGGCCGGAGGCCUAUGCGGAAAUCCUUCUCCCAGCCCGGACUUCGCUCCUUGGCCUUUAAGAAGGAAUUUCAAGACGAAAGCCUCAGAAGUAGUCGUUUUUUCAGCUCUUUUGAGGAAAAUGACAUUGAGAGCCACCUAAUGAGUGGACACAAUGUUGUGCAGCCGACAGAUAUUGAAGAAAAUCGAACUAUGCUCUUCACGAUUGGCCAGUCUGAAGUUUACCUCAUCAGCCCUGACACCAAAAAAAUUGCAUUUGAGAAAAAUUUUAAGGAGAUAUCUUUUUGCUCUCAGGGCAUCAGGCAUGUGGACCACUUUGGGUUUAUCUGCCGAGAGUCUUCAGGAGGUGGAGGCUUUCAUUUCGUCUGCUAUGUGUUUCAGUGCACAAAUGAAGCUCUGGUUGAUGAGAUUAUGAUGACCUUGAAGCAGGCUUUCACGGUGGCUGCGGUCCAGAGGACUUCUAAAGCCCCUGCUCAGCUUUGUGAGGGCUGCCCUGUGCAGUGCCUGCACAAGCUCUGUGAGAGGAUAGAGGGAAUGAAUACUUCCAAAACAAAACUAGAACUCCAGAAGCAUCUGACAACGUUAACUAACCAGGAACAAGCAACUAUUUUUGAGGAGGUUCAGAAAUUGAGACCAAGAAACGAGCAACGAGAGAAUGAAUUGAUUAUUUCUUUCCUGAGAUGUUUAUAUGAAGAAAAACAAAAAGAUCACGUUCAUAUUGGGGAGAUGAAGCAGACAUCACAGGUUGCAGCAGAGAAUAUUGGAAGUGAAUUACUGCCUAGUGCCACGCGAUUUAGGCUAGAUAUGCUGAAAAACAAAGCAAAGAGAUCUUUAACAGAGUCUUUAGAAAGUAUUUUGUCCCGGGGUAAUAAAGCCAGAGGCCCGCCACAGGAACCUUCCCUGAGUGUGGAUCUGGACAGCUCCGUGUCUAGCACGUUAAGUAACACCAGCAAAGAGCCAUCUGUGUGUGAGAAGGAGGCCUUGCCCGUGUCUGAGAGCUCCUUCAAGCUGCUCAGCUCCUCGGAUGACCUCUCCAGUGACUCGGAGAGCCAUCUUAGUGAAGAGGCUGCUCAGCUCUCACCCCAGCAGGGCUUCCGAAGGCGAGCCAACACCCUGAGCCAUCUACCCACGGAAAGUCAGGAGCUUCCGGAACCUGCCGAGGUGUCUCCAGGGGUCUCGCAAAGGAAACUUAUGAGGUAUCACUCAGUGAGCACAGAGACGCCUCACGAGCGAAAUGUGAACCAUCCACCUGUGAGCGAGUCUAAAAGUGGCUCAGGUCAGUCUUCACCGCCUGAUCCUCCACCUCGCCUUAAUCCCUCCGCCUCCUCGCCAAAUUUUUUUAAGUACCUAAAACAUAACUCAAGCGGAGAACAAAGUGGGAAUGCCGUGCCAAAGAGCAUCUCCUACCGUAAUGCCCUGCGGAAAAAGCUUCAUUCUUCCUCCUCUGUGCCAAAUUUUCUAAAAUUUCUGGCUCCUGUAGACGAAAAUAACACCUCUGACUUUAUGAACACAAAAAGGGACUUUGAAACCAAAACAAACCACCCAGGCGAUGCCAGUGGAACCCCCGUGAAAACACGAAGGCAUUCGUGGAGGCAACAGAUCUUUCUCCGAGUGGCGACCCCACAGAAAGCCUGUGAUUCUCCUAGCAGAUACGAAGAUUACCCAGACCUGGGCGAACUCCCGCCACGGUCUCCUUUAGAACCAGUUUGUGAAGAUGGGUCCUCUGGCCUGGUACCAGAGGAAAAGAAAAGGACAUCUCGUGAGCUUCGAGAGCUAUGGCAAAAGGCUAUUCUACAGCAGAUACUGCUCCUCAGAAUGGAGAAGGAGAAUCAGAAGCUACAAGCCUCUGAAAGUGAUUUGCUGAACAAGCGUCUGAAGCUUGAUUAUGAAGAAAUCACUCCUUGUCUUAAAGAGGUAACUACAGUGUGGGAAAAGAUGCUAAGUACUCCAGGAAGAUCAAAAAUUAAGUUUGACAUGGAAAAAAUGCAUUCAGCUGUUGGGCAAGGUGUGCCGCGCCAUCACCGGGGUGAAAUCUGGAAAUUCCUAGCAGAGCAAUACCACCUUAGGCACCAGUUUCCCAGUAAACAACAGCCAAAGGACACGCCAUAUAAAGAACUCCUAAAACAGCUAACCUCGCAUCAGCACGCGAUUCUUAUUGACCUCGGGCGAACCUUCCCGACACAUCCGUACUUCUCGGCCCAGCUGGGAGCAGGGCAGCUGUCACUGUACAACAUUCUGAAGGCCUACUCACUUCUAGACCAGGAGGUGGGGUAUUGCCAAGGCCUCAGCUUCGUCGCAGGCAUUUUGCUGCUUCAUAUGAGUGAGGAGGAGGCAUUUAAAAUGCUCAAGUUUCUCAUGUUUGACAUGGGACUGCGGAAACAGUAUCGGCCGGACAUGAUUAUUUUACAGAUCCAGAUGUACCAGCUCUCGAGGCUGCUUCACGAUUACCACAGAGACCUCUACAACCACCUAGAAGAACACGAGAUUGGCCCCAGCCUCUAUGCCGCACCCUGGUUCCUUACCGUGUUUGCCUCCCAAUUUCCACUGGGAUUUGUAGCCAGAGUCUUUGAUAUGAUCUUUCUUCAGGGAUCAGAAGUCGUAUUUAAAGUGGCGUUAAGUUUGUUGGGAAGCCAUAAGCCCUUGAUUCUGCAACAUGAAAACCUAGAAACCAUAGUUGACUUUAUAAAAAACACACUACCAAACCUGGGGUUGGUACAAAUGGAAAAGACCAUCAAUCAGGUGUUUGAGAUGGACAUUUCUAAACAGUUACAAGCUUAUGAAGUUGAGUACCACGUGCUUCAAGAAGAGCUUAUCGAUUCUUCCCCUCUCAGUGACAACCAAAGAAUGGAUAAAUUAGAGAAAACCAACAGCAGCUUACGCAAACAGAACCUUGACCUCCUCGAACAAUUGCAGGUGGCAAAUAGUAGGAUCCAAAGUCUUGAAGCCACAGUUGAGAAGCUGCUGACCAGCGAAAACAAGCUGAAGCAGGCGACCCUGGCGUUAGAGCUGGAGAGGUCUGCUCUGCUGCAGACAGUGGAGGAACUGCGGAGACAGACGGCAGGGCUGAGCCGCACAGAGCCGGCCCCCGCUGACCCCGAGCCUGCGGGUGACUGACAAGGGGGGAGGUGCCUCCCCAGAGCACCCCUCCAGAGGGGAGGUUGCACCACCACCUCACACUGUCCAAGCCUUAACGAAGAGAGACAGGAGAUGCUGGCGAAGAGAACGAAGCGUGAAGUGUGCUUCUCGGGGAGGAAACUGGCUUUGCCAGCACGCAGAUUGUUCUGAACUAAAACUUGUGACUCAACGAGGGUGAAUGUUCUUUUUGUUGUUUUAGGUUCUGAUUUGGCCCUCUUCUGCUCCUGAAAUCUGUACCAGUAGAGUUAGGUGGCAUGGACAUGAAUAAAUGCACCUUUAUGUUUC